AACCUUACAACUGGUUUCCCUUUCAGCCUCCGGCAGAUUCUCGUGACCUGGGUGACCCUCUACGUUGCUCUGACCGAAGCUGUGGACAAAAGCAACUUUAAAACAUGCGAACUGAGUUCCUUCUGCAAGAGACAAAGGAACGUUAAACCAGAGCAUUCCCCCUACCGAGCGCUGCUGAACUCCUUGGAGGUGACUGAGAAAAGCAUCAAGUUGCAGCUAAUUAACGAAGCCAACAAGGUUCCUCUACUGCUUGAAGUGUAUGGUCUGCAAGGCAACAUGACCAGGAUAAAAAUUAACGAGCUGAUUCCAUUGAAACCCAGAUUUGAAGUCCCCGACGUAUUAAUACAAGAUCCACCGACUGUGCCCCUGACGGUGAUCGGGAAGGACGAGAGCAGCCUGGAGCUGGGCCUGGGCCGCGACCUGUACAAGCUGAUCGUCACCGCCAAACCGUUCCGCAUGGACAUCACUACGGGCAACGAGCUGCUGCUCAGCAUCAACCCGCGAGGACUCAUGGUGUUCGAGCACUUGCGCAAGAGGAAGGACUCCUACACAGAAAAAAUUAGUAGCACAGUCGGUAGCAUGUGGAAUAAAAUCAAGAACGUGUUCAAUAGUGAGAAGAAGGACGAGAGUGCGGAAAGCGAGGAGGUGAAGACGGAGCAGGAGCCCGGAGAUGGAGAUGGAGGAGCGGACUCGCUGGAGAAGCCGGAAGACACGGACGGACAGAAGGAGAGCGAGGAGGUGGAGGACGAGGCUGGAAUGUGGGAUGAGACCUUUAAAUCUCACGCAGACUCCAAACCCUACGGUCCAUCGUCGGUUGGCCUGGACUUCUCCCUGCCCGGCUUUGAGCAUGUGUACGGCAUCCCCGAGCACGCCGACAGCCUGAAGCUCAAAACCACAGAGGGGGGUGACCCGUACCGCUUGUACAACCUGGAUGUGUUCCAGUACGAGAUUGCCAACCCCAUGGCGCUGUACGGCUCGGUGCCGGUGAUGCUGGCCCACAACGCCCGCCGCACACUGGGGAUGUUCUGGCUCAACGCUGCCGAGACCUGGAUCGACAUCAGCUCCAACACCGCCGGCAAGACCUUGUUCGGGAAGAUGCUGGAUUACGUGCAGGGGGCGAACGAGAUCCCCCAGACGGACGUGCGGUGGAUGUCCGAGAGCGGGAUCAUCGACGUGUUCGUGAUGCUCGGACCCUCUCCCUUUGACGUCUUCAAGCAGUACACCUCGCUCACAGGCACGCAGGCCCUGCCGCCGCUCUUCGCCAUCGCCUACCACCAGUCGCGCUGGAACUACAACGAUGAGAGCGACGUGCAGGCGGUGGACGACGGCUUCGACCAGCACGACAUCCCCUACGACGUCAUCUGGCUGGACAUCGAGCACACCGACGGCAAGAGAUACUUCACCUGGGAUCCCAACAAGUUCCCCAACCCCAGGGACAUGCUGCAGAACCUGGCCUCCAAGAAGCGCAAGAUGGUCAGCAUCGUCGACCCACACAUCAAAAUCGACAGUGGUUACAAGAUCCACACAGCCCUGCAGUCUAAAAACCUCUACGUCAAGACCAAAGACGGCAGUGAUUACGAGGGCUGGUGUUGGCCAGGCUCCGCUGGUUACCCUGACUUCACCAACCCCGAGAUGCGCUCAUGGUGGGCCAGCAUGUUCGCCUACGAUCAGUACGAGGUCAGUCUGCCGCUCACCGUGUGUGGAGUACGCGCGUGUGGUAUGGGACGGGUGUUGCCGUGAAUCGCCACUUGACCA